AGGUUCUUGUAUUAGUACUAUUUUUUGUUGUUGUUGUUGUUGCUGUUGUUGUUGUGUAUGUGUGUGUGGUUUAUAAAUUUGCUGAACAUUUUCUUGGAAAUUGCUCUCGCAUUUGCACCCAUUUGCUGUUUUGCAGUAAAUCGUGGAGGGUAUGUCAAAAUGGUAAGUUAGCCAUAAACACUUCAUCUCAAUAUUAAAUCACAAUAUGUAAUGAGUUCCAGGAGGAGGAAAUUUUUAGUAUCUUGAUAAUUCCCUGUUGGCAGACUGUUGUGUGUGUAGAUUCAAGCCUGUGUUUGCUGGCCAGGAAGUUGAAUGUGCUCUUAUAUUUUUUCUUUCCUCUCCCUGAAUUGGGUCUGUAGGGUAACCAGGUUAGACUUGGCUGGUUAGACCGAUACCUCAGAGGAUUGCCUGAGAAGACAAAUUCAUGGUGAAAGACACACCCAAUUCCUCUGUAGUCUCUUAAUGUGCAGUAAUAAUGACUUGGCUGGAAAAAACUGAUAUAUUUUUAGAAAUAAUGUUGAAUUUUUAAUGCUGUUUCACAAGGAGCCCUGAUGAUACACUAUGUGACAUAUCUGUUGAGUUUCUAAAUACAGUACACAUGUUCUUGGUCUUAUCUUUGAGGCAUAAAAAGGGAUAACCCUGUGCUUUUGUGGGUUUCUGUGCACUGCUGCCAUGUUGUGGAUUUCAGACAUCGUAUGUGGGCUAAAACCUCCAAUUAUAGAACAGACACAGUGUUAAGGCAUAAACAGCUACAUAUGGAGCACGCACACACACACACACGCGCACAUACUCUCUCUCACACAGAAUACACACAUACUCUUUCCAUGCUUGAGGCUGGGGGCUCUGAUCUUUCCAAAGGUUUCCUCCUGUGGCCCGUGUGCCAGACUGUCUGGAGAGCUGUGGAGGGGCUGGCGUCACCUCGCCUGCUGCAUGAAAAAGCCAGUAACAUGCACUUUCUGUGGCACAGCAACCAGCCUCUCCUCUCCUCCACUCAACGACUCCCCCUGCCUCCACAUCCCACGUCCCCCUCCUUCUCCUCUCAAGGAGGAUUACCGGCAGAAACUGGACGUUUGAUCCUGCCUUGCUCUCCACUGCUGCUAUAUCCGUCUGACAAGGCUCUUUGUAUCUCUUUCUCUUGCUGACUUCUCUCACUGUCUUAAAAAAAAAAAAAAAAAAAAAAAAAGUUAAGCCCUUUUUUUCUUUUGCUGUCUGCUAUUUGGUGUCUCAUAUUUAGCUCUAGCUACCUGGGAGCAGGCAGGACAGCUGGGUCACAGAUAUGUGAGAAGUUAAUUCAAUUUUACCACAAGUGGUGCAGGGAAGAUCAUAGAGACAGGUGUGGAUAAUUUAUGAGCGUUUUCUCGGAUAAUAUAGGAGAAUAGAUAAUUAACUGUCAUGGUGAUGAGAGGUUUUCACAACCAAUACUCCCCCGACAUCUUUGUAUAAUGCUCAUAAAUACACAAACACACAAAAAAUGUACUGUGCCUCCUCCACUUAAGCUUUUCCUCUUUCCACUGUGACAAUGCUUUUAUCUCAGCAGUGAUUAAUUACCAGAGACAGUGCCAACAAGCUUUCCAAUGUAAUUUACACGGGAAGCAUAAACAGGAAGUAUGCUCCCAGUGCAUAAUAUUGUUGAACAUGUCUACGGAGGGUGACAAGGGCCAAAAAGAAAAAAAAAAAGUUGUGACAUUAUGAUGCAAUGUGACAGAGGACAGUGUUCACUGACCUUAAGCUGUCAUGCUAAAUAGUAAACAUAGUUGCUUUAUUUAGUUGACGUGUUCAAGUUGAGGAAAGCCACCCAAAAAAUUCCGCCCCCUCAGUAUAAGACCUAAUUACACAGGCAGUGGACGGCUGUGGAAAGACCAUUUGUGUGUGUGUGUGUGAAAUGUGAUUCAUUUGUAAUGACACAGGUCUCGUCACUUUGUAGUACGUCUAACGGUUGCUCUGUUAAAAUAACCAGCUGUUAAUUGCUCUCUUUAGAUCACAGAAUACCAUGCUGUAUGUUGUGCUGUUUAGAUUUCAGAAAAUGAUUAAAACAAAAACAGGGGGACUGUGGGUAUUUUAUGGAAUUGGAAUAUGCAGGUGCAAGUUGACCAUUCUCAAGCACUGUCUGUCAUACAAGAACUGCCUAAAUGAAAUCAAGUUUAAAAUUGGCAAAACUUUUGACUGAAAUCAGUAACUGUUUGAUCAAAGAAUAAGCACUGCAAAUUUGGCCAGACAGCUCAUAGUACCGGUAGUCAUUUCUAUAGUUUUCCAUUAUCUUAAUAUAUGGGUGGGAGCAAUAUUUUAUUUGUCAGCCUUGUCUUGUUGUCUAAUUUGUUAUAUUAGUUUUCUACCAGGCCUGUUGUGCUAUGUGUAGUGUGAGGGACCUCUGUGGGACGUGAAGGUGUGCUCCAAGCUACAGGAAAUUGCUUUGGAGUGACACACUAAUAUGACACAAGAAUAUUGAACUUUGGCGUAGUUUGGCGUACAACAUAAUCAUCCUUUAACAUGUCUAUCAUUUUGUAAUGCAGCGUUUAAACAAAAUAUUUGCAUGGUUUUAGUGAAUCCAUUUAUAUUUUUGUUGGGACACUGAAGAUCCAGUUUAUUGCAAAAGAUGACUAAGAAGAAUUCACAAACAAAUUUCUGUCGUUUUCUUCUCAGUCCCAUGCGGACCACAGCUUUCAUUAUGUUUACAGUGCCAAGCAUAAAACAUGUUGCUAGUCUUCCAUUUAUCUUCCAUUUAUCAAAAUUCCCCAGUCCAACAGUUUAAAGGGUAUAAAAUGACCAGUGGAAUACUUUGAACAGAUUGUGCAAUCUGAACACAGGAGAAUGUGCAGCUUUCUUUCAUGUAAUAAGAGAUGGAGACACACUAUAUGUUUUAGCAGGAAGACUCUUGCACGCCACAGUUAAUCAAUCCACCGCACGAACUGCACACCUCCUGCGGUUUAUAGCCUCUGUUCACCAAGAAGCUCUUCGUCGUGUCGAGUCAAGGCUCAGAUGUGCCUCCAACUAAAACGGUGUAACAUUCACAAAAUUAAAGUCCUCAUGAAAAGAGGGUGGAGUGCUAUUUGCUUUCACAUAUUUACAUGUUUCCUGUAAAAACAGUCAGGUAGGGAGGAAAUUCUUGCAGAUAAUAAUUGGAAUUUAUAGGAGCCAAUAGCGUUAGUUCUGAUUGCGUCAUGUCCAACCAGCUAACUCUGUCCCACUGGGAGCUCCCAGUGAACACAGCUGAUAAAAUGUCAAAGUGGCUUGCCAAACAUGGCUGAGUCACUUAAUAGGAUUGCUAACGUUGGCUGCAUGGCUAACAGCAGCUACAGCAAGUAAAAUUAAAGCUACGUGUCCAUUAGGUGGUACUGGAGCGUAGCAGAUACUGGCACACCAGCCUAGAGCGCCCCCUCGCGACUGUCAGCGUGAACAUGUGAAAUUACCGUAUAUUUUAUUAUAUAAGUCGCACCUGAGUAUAAGUCGCAGGACCAGCCAAACCAUGAAAAAAAGUGCGACUUAUAGUCCGGAAAAUACGGUAUUUAUUUUUGGAAUUUGUGUGAACUUCAAAGCCAAUGACAAAUCAGAACACAUCAAAGCCACAUGAUGUCAUAACUCACCUUUUGUGCACACUAUGCUUGCGAUAUUACCAUUCUAGUUUAGUUCAGCUACGACACACAGUGUUCAGUACACAUUGCAAGCAUCUAAGAAGCCAGCUUUUAACCCAGCUAAAUUUUCAGGAAGGUGAAAUACUUUGUUCAGGAUAGGAGAAAAAUGCCUAGAAAACGAUCUGACAAAUUUUCAUCCCUGAAGUCCUUGGACUCUCAAAUUCGCAAUCUCAUCGGCAUGGACGACGAUGAGAUGAUUGUCGAGGAAAUCAUAGAGAAAGUAGAGGUGAACAAGAAUAAGAAAAUGAAGCAGUCUGAGAAACGCUCUGAAAAAGUUAGAGAGGGCAAGGAUCGUACACUGUCACCUGAGGGUCACAUGUUACCAGAGCCUGAGGAACACUUUGUGGAGUACAGUGAGAGUUUUUCAUACGAGGAGUACGACGAUCGGUCCUCUGCCGACAUCAAAGAAUACGACGACAGUUUCUUUGAAGAGGUAAGAAAUUAGUUACUAUAUUUACACACACACACACACACACCAACAACAGUAAGAAAUUAAAAUGAUGCAACUUAUACUGUUGGAAACAAGGUUUUGUUUAUCCCUGUCCUCAUCUUAACAACUUUCGAUUUUAAAAUAACAUUACUUUAUUCAUGAUGAAAGAUCUAAGCAAACAUAACGAAUAUCUUUAUACUACGCACAUACUGGUUAAAUGAUUAUUUUUUAUCAGUGAUAAAAGCAUAAAAAAAGCAUAAAAAGAAUUAAAACUGGUGAAGUUAAAUAAAUAUAAUCAUUUAAUUUAUUUUUUCAUUUUACAUUUUUUUUCUUUCCGUGAUGACAGGUGAGGCAUGGCCUCCCCUGACUGCACGUCACUGUUUUUUAUGAUUAAUGAAAAAACCUGCAUGUGGACACAAACUUAAUGCCCUUACUUUAUGUUUCACAGCAUGGAGAAGACAGUCUUUCGGAGGCUGUAGAGGAACAAGAAGACAACACUUCUCUUGAAGAGGACUUGAAGGAGGAAAGAAGAAAAAAAUCUGUCAUAUUUACACCCCUGAUAUCCACGAACUCUCAAAUUAUUAAUCUCAUCGAGACUGUGGAAGAUGAGAUGAUUGACGAGGAAAUCAUAGAGGAAGUAGAGGUGAUCGAAAAUGAGAAUGAGAAAAUGGAGCAGUCUGAGGAACGCUCUGAAAAAGUUAGAGAGGGCAAGGAUCGUACACUGUCACGUGAGGGUCACAUGUUACCAGAGCCUGAGGAACACAUUGUGGAGUACAGUCAGUGGUUUUCAUACGAUGAGUACGACGAUCGGGCCUCUGUCUACAUCAAAGAAUACAACUACAGUUCCUUUGAAGAGCAUGGAGAACACGGUCUUUCAGAGGCUGUAGAGGAACGAAAAGACAACACUGCUCUUGAAGAGGACUUGAAGGAGGAAAGAAGAAAAAAAUCUGUCAAAGUUACACCCCUGCUAUCCAUGAACUCUCAAAUUAUUAAUCUCAUCGAGACUGAGGAAGAUGAGAUGAUUGUCGAGGAAAUCAUAGAGGAAGUAGAGGUGAUCGAAAAUGAGAAUGAGAAAAUGGAGCAGUCUGAGGAACGCUCUGAAAAAGUUAGAGAGGGCAAGGAUCGUACACUGUCACGUGAGGGUCACAUGUUACCAGAGCCUGAGGAACACAUUGUGGAGUACAGUCAGUGGUUUUCAGACGAUGAGUACGACGAUCGGGCCUCUGUCGACAUCAAAGAAUACAACUACAGUUCCUUUGAAGAGCAUGAAGAACACGGUCUUUCGGAGGUUGUAGAGGAACGAAAAGACAACACUGCUCUUGAAGAGGACUUGAAGGAGGAAAGAAGAAACAAAACUGCUCUAGAAGAGGCCUUGGAGGAGGAAAGAAGAGCCAAAACUGCUCUAGAAGAGGUCUUGGAGGAGGAAAGAAGAAACAAAACUGCUCUUGAAGAGGCCUUGGAGGAGGAAAGAAGAGCUAAAACUGCUCUAGAAGAGGCCUUGGAGGAGGAAAGAAGAAACAAAACUGCUCUUGAAGAGGCCUUGGAGGAGGAAAGAAGAAACAAAACUGCUCUAGAAGAGGUCGUGGAAGAGGGAAGAAGAACCAAAACUGCUCUUGAAAAGUCCCUGAAGGACAAAAGAAAAGCUGAAGUUGCUCUGAAAGAGACCCUGGAGAAGGAAGUACGGGCUAAAGCUGCUUUGGAAGAAGCUUUGGCGAAUGCAGAAAAAGCUACAGCUGAACAGAAAAAAUUUUGGGAGCAGGAGCGAAAAUUAAAAGACAGUCUCUGUGUUGAAAUGGAGUUUAUGAAGGCACAGGUGGCUGAUCUUCAGGAGUCACAGAAAGAGUAUCAGCAGCAAAAAGCAAAACUGAAGAACACCAUCACUAAAAGGACAGUGGAUCUUGAAGAGGGCAAGAAGGUGAUUGAGAAGCUAAAGAAUGACCUGGAGGAGUCCUCUAACCGACACAAGAAAGAAGCAGCACAGCGUGAGGAGGUGCUUUAUGUCAAAAUCAAGGAACUAGAGGAAUGCCUCCAUGAGAAGCAGGAGGAAAGUCAGGAGAAAGAAAAUAAAAUUCAGUCUCUCUACUCGAAUAUUCAGACUCUUCAAAGUGACAGUAAAGCCAAGGAUGACACUAUUUCCUCACUGCAGGAGACAGCUGACCAGAGGGCUUUAGACCUAAAAGAAGAGAAAACCAAAAACUGUCUACUCCAGAGGGACUAUGAGGCUGCUGUCUCCCAGCAGAAUAAGGAUGCAGGACAACUGAACCAUCUGACUCAGGAAAACCAACAACUGAUAUCUGAGAACAAAAGGCAGCAAGAUCUUCACGACUCAUCCCUGAAAAAGAGGGAAUUUGAUCAAAAACAGGUCCAGGAAGAAAAAAAUGUUUGUACCCAACUUGAGAAUGACCUUACAAAGGAGAAGGAUCGGAUGUUGAGAGCACAUAAAAAGAUACAGAUGCAAAAGGAGGAGCUCUUUGAGAAGACACUGGCUUUAGAAAAGAGUCUGCUCACGGAAAAAUAUUUAAGGUCUACCCUCAAAAAAGAGAGGCGUCGCUAUGAGGAGGUGGUUUUACAAAAGCAGACUGCAGUCGAUCCUCUGACAAUCCUCAGCAACCAACUGAAAGAAGCAUCUGCAUCCUCAGAGCGUCUGAUGUAUGACCUACAGACAUUAAAGAUGGAGAACGCAGAUAUCAGAGCUAAAUUUAACGCCACCCAAACAGACUAUGAGAGAAUAAAAGCAAAAUACCGUGCUCUCUCUGAGAGCCAUGAAGAGAUGAUGUCAAGGAAGAGUGGAACCAUCAGUAAGCUCCAGUGUGUUGUAGAUGAACUCAAAGCACGACAGUCAGAGAACAAGACAAGACAGACAGAACUUGAAGCUGCUCUAAAACAUGAAAAGACAAGAAACUCCGACGUGCAGCAGAGAGUUAAGGAAAUUUCCUCUGCUCUUGACAGAGAAAAGGCUGCAUCUGAGAAACACCGUGUUGAACUCAAGGAAGCUUUGACCAAAUUGAUCGAAACCUUGGAAGAAAAGCAGAAACUUGCCGUGGAUCUCCAGAGAGCUCAGGACAACUGCUCUCUGCUUCAGGAACAGCAACUGGCGGGGUCAAACUCUCAGCUUAGACGCAUCAAUGGCACUUGGGAAAUGAAACCCAACUGGAGCGGGGCCUGGGGCCUGGUUUGGGCCUUAGUCCCUGCACCAGUUGGAUCAAGUGGAUCUGGGCCUUGCUGUGUAAGUACGGGUUUCCUCCGGGUGCCCGGGUUAGCCCAUUCAUAAACCAUGUAUGUUAAAUUAAUUCUGCAGCGACUUUUUUGAAUUAAAAAAAAUCUAUAAAUUAAAAAAAAUAGGUCUCUUCUUUUAUUGGACAGUAGUUACAAUAAGAAGAAAAGAGUUCCAGUAGUGUAGCCACAUAAUUGUGAAAACAAUGUAUGGUUGAUUGAGUAAAUGUACGUUGAUGUUGAUUGUAAGUUUGGUUGAAUAAAUAAACAUACCACACUGUACCUUUGAUAGCUCGUGUGGAGCUAGUUUUAUGUCUUCUUCAAUGCAGCAUAAAGCUGGGAAUCCUUUGGGCGGGGUUUGUCGCUACCCCAGCCAUGUGCUUAUGUGGGUUCUCAGUCAGAUCCAGUUAGGAUAGAAGUGUAGCAAUACUGGUUUUAAGACACUUAACUGUCCCCUCUAUCCGACAGGCUACAGCCUGACCGUGUCUAUAGGUUGUGGCUCAUUUGAAGGUUAUAAAACCACUAAACAAACACGUAGCUAUGAUCUAUUAAGCUAUCUCGUGUAGUGAAGUGAAACAUCCAUUGUGACGAAGAGUUGUAGUGCAGGCCGAAGUCAAACUCAUGUAAUAUUCCAGACCACGAAACUUUAGCUACGCUAAUUUUGACCUGGCCAAGUUUAACAGGCUGUCUUCAAAUGUGUCACAAGUGAAGAAACCAUCAGAGGAGUAAAUGAUGAAUGAAGGGAUGCUGCCUUUUCACCAAAAUGUUGGCUAACUACACAUUGGAAAAAAAAAAAAAACAUUUCUCAAAUGCAGCUUCAACUUUUAAGGAGG